GACGUCUCGGAACUCGGGCAUCGCUCAGCUUUGCCCCUCAUUUUUUGGCGUAGCAUAUCUGCCACCUUCCACCAGACGAUGCAAACAUUGAUCGGCCGACGCAAUGCGAGCGACAGCAACGCCUUUUGAUCAGCAUUCUGGGGUGCACGUCUUGAGGACGUCGUGUGAUGCGUGCAAGUACAGAAAGGUGAAGUGCGACCGGCGAGCCAAGCUACAGGAGCAGAUCGAUCGACUUGCCGAGCAGAACGACGUGCUGACGGAGGAGGCAGCUGAAGAUGUCGUGUGCAGCUCAUGUGCUGCCUAUGGUGUUCGAUGCACGUUUGCCACGUCGACCAGAAAGGCUGCCCCGCGGAAACCAGCCAAGGGCCGGUCGUAUGAUUCGAGCAGCGGACCCUCGUCAUCCUUGUCCACGCCUUCGACCUCCAAGCUAAGCUCAAGUUCGUCGAGAUCAGGCUCAACACCUAGCUCGAGUCCUCCGUCGGAGCGUCGAAAUGCGGAGGGUAUCCUAGGUGUCGAAGGUCUGACAAGGCAAUGUCUGGAUGCGUGCACAGAGGCAUACUUAUGCUACGCUGCACACUGCCUCGCUAUCCUGGACAUCGAUGUUUUCCGAUCUCGCUACUCUCGAGCAAUGGGCGAAGUUGAUGGUUCUGUUACGCUUCAGCCACCGUGUUGCGGCGACCCCAAGGAACCAGCUCAUACGGUACUGAUGCUUGCUGUUGGCUGCGUAGGAGCUGGUCUGCUCGACGAAGAUUAUUAUGAAGACAAAUUUAAGCUGCAACAGCGCUUCGCCCUGCGCUUCAAAGAGGUCGUCGACGAGGAGACCCGGCAGGAGAGCCCAUCUCUCGAUGUCAUCGAGGCAGUAUUUAUCAUUGCGGAUCUGCAGCUGGACAUGAUCGACAACAGGGAUCCUCUGGACGCUCAAGACCUUAAUCACCCAGCGUCGUCCCUCUCAAGCCUCCUCCGCCUCAGUCCAGCUUCUCACGAGGCUGUAGUUAGAUUGGCCAUCCGCCUGGGUAUCAACCGAAGGCCUGCACCAACCCAUGCAGGCAGCGACAUUUGGAAAACAGUAACGGGCCAAGUCAUCAGCGAAAGCGAGGCUUUGCGCAGGGUGCGCAUCUUUUGGGCGGUGAGUGAGGAUUAGCACAGUCGUCAUCUUACAUCUGCUCAAGACAAAUCGAGGCUUUAGGUCUUUGCCCAUGACACUUUCCGCGCCUUGGGUACGCGAAGACCGCCACUGAUCACUGGAGAAGAUUACGACCACGAGCU